AAAAACAAUUUUUCUAGGUAAUGCCGGAAGAAAAAUUUAAAAGAAAUGGUAAAAUUUACUUUGGUGUUGAUGACAUACCUGAGAGAAGUGAAAGUGCAGUUCGCACAUUAACAGAAGUUAUCAACUGUUACAAUGACAACUCACAUCAAGAUGACGCUUUCAAUCAAAAGAGAAACGAAGCUGUUGACGAUCUGAGAGCAAUUUGCCAUAAUACAUUUGGCCCCAGUGCAAAUGUAUACAUUUUUGGAUCAUGUAUAAAUGGCUUUGGUACCAAAUCAUCUGACGUUGACUGCUUUGUCAUGUCAAAUUAUGACUUGAAGCGCAAAAAUACCUACUUUAACCCACUCCGCGAUUCUCUCAAAAGAAAUUCCUCACCCUUUACAAUGUUAAACUUUGUAAGGCGUGGUAAUCAUCCAAUUCUUACUGUUAAGCACAAGAAGAAUGCAAUGGAGUUGGAUGUAACUUUUUCCUCUAAUCACGAUCCCAAACAUGAUGUUUUGGAAAACUCUGCAUUAUUGAAUACGUAUGCCCAAAAGAAUAUAAAAGUUCCUGCAGUAGGACGUUUCAUCAAGUAUGUGCUUUCAAAGGAACCUUCAUUAGGUAGUGCCAAAAUAGGUGGGCUAUCUUCAUAUGGGCACAUACUCAUGUACAUUAACUUUCUCCUCCACGGGAAGCACAAAAUAGAUCAUGUUAUUGUUAAGCCUCCCUACAUUAAACAAGAAGAAACCAUUGCAGCUUCAGAGGGUGAAAUUUUCCUUGAUUUCUUACGGUUCUAUGCUUGUGAGUUGGACAGUUCCAUGUAUGCUAUUGACAUAAGAGACUUUGACCUUAAAAAAGUUACUCAGAAAAUGGAUAGAUCUAUUUUCACGCUGGAAGACCCGAUAAUUGAAAAGAAUCUUGGAAGAACCAUGUCACCGAAACGAGUUUAUGAGCUGAAGUUGUUUUACUACCAUUUGCUUUGCAUAUUAUCAGAUCAUGAUAUGAGUGAUUCUCAAUUAAUGGAUUUCAUCAACGAGUUAGGGGACCUUGGACUUUCGCAAAAAUGGGCCCCCUUGCUUCAUCCAUUUUGUGAACCUGACAUUGAAAAACCUAAUUCUCGUCCAAAAAAGCGGGAUAACAAACCUAGAAGGAAAGGCUCAGAAUCAAACCCAGAGCCUAGCGAGAAUUCAAACCAACAAACAUCUGUUGGAAGCCCUUCUAAAACAGACGUACAAGCCAGCAACAAAAAGACUCCCACUAAAAAGAACAAGAGACAUAACGAAAAGAAAGAGACGAUAUCUGUGAAGGAGACCCUUAUAGUUCAUGAGGAAGGAGUUAUAAUCCAAAAUGACCCCUAUCUACUGGAGGACAUGAUGAAGGAGAUUGAGACUCCAGAGAAGGGCUCACCACAACCUCAGAACAAUCGCCAAAAACUCAUAGAUGUCAGAUUAGAGACAGCCAAGCUAACUAAAGCAAUGAUAGAGGAGAAUAAGAAGCUGGAGGUGAAGGAGGAGUGGGACGUUGUGUACUACAAGGCUACUGAUGUUAUGGGAGACUCCAGGUGUCUCGUUGCUGUUCCUCUCUUGGCUGCUCUCGGAUUUAAAGUUCCCUCUAUUCAAGUUGGUAACAACGUCUCUCUGGAGAAGCUGAAAUGCAUUCCUGGGUUUAACCCAGAGUUAUCACGCGAUCAGAUGAACUCUAUGAUGGAAGAUAUCGGCUGCUUUGUCGGGUACUCUCAGGAUCUCAACCUGGUAGAAAGUAAGAUGAACAUGAUCAUGAAGAGUGUCGGAACUUUAAGCAGCUUGAUCUUGCUCGUUACUUCAGCCUGAUGGCUGCGUGCGGUUCUGCCUACUACUUUGGAGAUAUGAAGUGUGUUGGGAGAGGCAUUGGUAAACGAGAAACUGUGUUCAAACAGGCUAACGAUAUAACUGCCCUCACCAAACAGUUGGGAAUUAAGUGUAGAGUACAAGUGAGUGACGCAACCGUUCCCUACAGUAAGAUGCUGGGAUACCCUCUCGAGAUACAAGAUGUUAUUGAAAUUCUCUCUGGUGAGGGUUCGUCUGAUGUCGUAGAUGUGCUUGCUCUACAGUGUGCCCAUUUGCUGCAAAUGUCCAAGAAAGUAGAAUCUUUGAAGGAGGGAGAGAAAAUGGUGUUUGAUGUGCUAAGAAACGGGGGAGGACUAAAGAAGUUUCUAGAAAUGUUGGCAGUACAGGGCGUGUCACGUGAUGUGGUAGACAAGCUGAGGGAUAGGAAGUAUGAUGAGGUCUUCACACUUGCUGGUUAUCAGACUACCAUUGAGUCUAGAAUCCCUGGCAUAAUACGAGACAUCCGGCUGGAUAACCUGGAGCGGGUAGUGACCAACAGGUUGGGAGGUUACGGUAGCGGCGGUCAGGGUAUCAAAAUAUGCGCUGAUAUUUCUAGUAGGGUCAAUGUGGGAACUUGUCUUGCUGUCAUAUAUCAUACUGAGGAAACGUUGGCACCAAAGAUAAAGAGUGUAGUGAAUACUGCUUUCGAGAUCGAGAAGAUUCACUUCAACAGAGUUAUCAGGACCUUUAGGAACGAUGAGUCGGAGAAGAAACAACAGAGGAGAAACAGGAAUAGUAAGAGCGGCAGUAAAGAAAACGCUGAAAAAGAAGAUAACAAGGAGGAUAAGGAAGAAUCAAAGGUUGGAAGUUCAGUUUCAAGUGACAGUGUUCCUAAAGACUACGUAGUUGUUGUUCACACUGAACAUGGCGAACAAAGAACAGUUACUGAGAAGAAAGAGUAAAAGGACGGACGCAGAAAAAGAAAAGAAAAUAGAUAGCGGACAUUUUGCGCUGCGACCCUUGGCUCUCUACCCCUUUUUUCUUGAGUUGUAAUUUAUUACACAGAUGCUUUGACAUUUUAAAUUUAAUGUUAUGGGACGAAAAUAUUAAAAUUGCAAUUACUGACGAUUUCCCAAAUACUUUUCUUUGCUGUAACUAUCUCUACCGUUUGAUAAGUGGUCGGUGGUUGCAAUUUAUUUAUCAAAUGUUUAAAAUUCUACUUAAUAUACCCAUUGGUGUAAUAUAACGCUUACGUUACUAUACUUGUUAUCAAGAAUUAAUUAAUUUCUAUGGAAACACUCAAUCAAUGGUUUAGUUACUGGAUUUGAAAAUGAGUAAGCAGUUUUUAUUGUUGUUUAAUUUAUAGUUAGACUUUAAAUUAUUAGUUUGGGGUUUAUCUAUAGAUGCUAGAAAAUUAGAUAACAUCACGUGUUAUGACGUCACAUGAUAUUGUGAUGACGUCACACCACGUGUUACGACAUUAUUUCAGUCUGUUUUUUAAAUGAUUAUCAAAUAUUUUUACUGUAAAGUAAGAAUUUAGCAUGGAGAAAUGUGGUAUUCAAUCAAUAAUUUGAUUUUUCUACCGUUAUGAUAAAUCUUGCGGAAUGUGGUUGACUGUUGAACUUGUGUUGUUGUUAUGUGAUUAAAACAACACAAUGUUGUCAAAUUGUCUCUUAGUUAAAUUAAUUGUUAGUCUUAAAAGACUGGAAUCUUCUGUUUUCAAUGAAGAAAAAUCUUAUAUAAAGAUUGAGCAAUCCCUUUUAUUGUUUUUUGCUCAAAUAAACUAUGUGAAGCUUAGAAUGUAGCUGUAAAACUAUUAAAUGCAUCGUUUCAAAACUCGUGUUUUCAUGAUUUACUUUACGAGACAUAUUUAAAUGGUACGAAAGCCGGUGGUUUUUCGAGAAAAAAAUUUAAAGGAAAAAACAAUUAUUUUUCACGUAUUUUCCUUAAUUAAGACUUUAUCAAUUUACUAUCAACUUAUCAAUGCAGUAAGUUAUAAAUAUGAUUCAUCAAACAAUUAAUGAACACUAGUAUUCUAUUAUGAAUUGCUUUUAAAAUGAUCUUGGUUGGACACGUUCCAUUGACAAUAAGCAAGCUCUGUCACUACUUUAUUGGCCACGGCGGUCUCCUAUAUCCUCUGGAGGAUUAUAAAGUAAGUUGAGGCUAACUUUCGAAGGGUCCGGAGAAAUUGUUUACAAGAUGAAACAGCUGAUCAGAGAAGAUUUUUGUAUUCAAUUUUCUCAAAUAUUGGGUUUUAUUUUUGUAAAAUAAGGUUCCCAAAUCAUUUAGGUCACUGGAAUUAUAUCGAACAUAAAUAUGUCUCGUAAAGUAAUUAACUUAAUGCAAAAUAUUUUGAGUACUUAUCCUGAGUACGUAAAUACUCUUUUAGAACAUAAUUGUAUACUUAAAAAGAAACAUGAUAAUACCAUAGUCUAGUACAUUGUAGGCCUCAUGUCAUGGACGAUACUGUCACACCAACUGAUGAAAGCAAACCAGCAGAAGUAAAGACAACCCCCGACUCAGAGUUAG